AUGAGUCCCCAGACUACCGCAAGCCACCUCACUGAGCCGGACCGCCCAGCCCAUCCUGUCCGCAAUGACACCAGCUACUCCAAAUUUUCCGUCGUGUCCGUACCGCCUGAGGGUUCCAUCUUGACCGGCAAGCAGGAGCACUACCUCAAGCGUGAACUCAUCUCUCGGCAAACAAAGUACGAAAUCGCCGAGCUCUCCUCUCCUACGGCUCUGAGGCGCUUUGGCGCGCCCUUUCACUCUGAUGCAGGCGAAGUUGCGCCCGAAGAUUCUGAACUGCCCCUCCUCCGCUACAUUUUUGUCAACCAUGUGCGAAAUUUCCCCUUCUUGGACAAAGCCAAGGAGAAGGAGUUCUGGCAGGACAAACUUCAAGUUUUUCUGGAAUCGUUCGCGAGCAAAGACAUUUCGUCCUCAGAGGACCGUCUCGAGGAGACCAAACGGAGGAAACUGGCGCUCAAGGCCGAGAAGCUGGUCGAGCUCAUGAUGGUCUCCGGUAUUCCGACCGCGUCGGGCUACGAAGAGAGGAUUCGCUUUGCAGAAAUGGAAAUCGUCGACCGACAAGCCGACGAAAAGGGCCUCACAAUGAAUGCACCAAGCGGUCAUUCCAUUAAUGGCUGGGAUGUAAACGUUGCGGGUGUCAGAACAACAUCAGUGAAGAGACACCUUCGGUACCACACACAUGCGGAGUACAUUAUACGUGUCAGACAAGGACAUGGUCAAGAUAUCUAUAUUGGUCGUCGAUAUGCCGAUUUCGUUCAGUUACACAAGCGGAUACGUCUUGAGCUACCUGGCAAGGUUCUCGCCCCGCUACCCCGCAAGAAUGCUAAAGAUGGAAUCCUACAAUCAAAUGCCGAUGACGACGAAGUCAGCUCCAUCUCCUCGGAAUCUACUCAAGGACCGCCUCCUAUCGAAUCCAAUGAGAGCAGCAGCGGGGGUGGUGGUCUUAGGAGCUACAUUUUUGGUGGCGGACACAAGAAAAAUGCAUCUCAAACCUCACUAGGGAAGCGUUCACCACGACCUUCAGGAGAGUUCUCUGGAUACAAACCUCCUCGCAAACUGUACCGAGAAGAGCAGCGUGUUUCCCUUCGUGCGUUCUUGCGAUCAUUCUUGCACAAUGAGCGAAUUGCACACUCAAAUGCUAUGGCUGAAUUUCUCACACGCGACCCUAUAGAAAUCAACGAAGAAGAAAUGGAGGACAUUCAAAGACGAGAAGAAAUGGACCGAAGGCGCACAGAAGAGCAAAGGCAAUUUUACGAAGUCGCACGACAACGAGCUGCAGAGCUUGACAUCCACAUGGAGAAGUUCAGAAGAGAGAUAGUAGAGAGCAAUGGACUUUCUCAUCUGUUUCAAGAGAUCAGGGUUAAAAACACUAUCAGGGAACUUAAACCGGAGUAUCAAAAGUUUGCCGAGUGGCUACGGAUAGAGGUUGCUGCUACUCUCUACCACUUGUUUCUGGCAGAAGACAACUCCCCGGAGCUUUUUGCCCAGGCGAAACGCAUACAUUCUUUAGUACCAUACGGCGUCCUAAAAAACGUCAUCAGAAUUGCCAACCCGGCAGCCGUCAUGAGCGGAGUUUUGGAUCUUUUCCUUGCACAGCCCUUUGGCGCUCGAUCGCUUUUGCAGCGCAUAUUUGGCAUGGCUAUCAACGAUGGCGUUAACUCUGUGCAAAAGACCAUCACUAUCCUCGCAUCAACAAGGAUCAAGGACGAGGUGCUUUGCAACAAGAUCAAGGCAUACGUGCAAGCUGAUGAGGGUGUAAAGGAAGCUAUUCGUCAGGAGGCUGCGAGCGAGAAUGUGGAUGUUGUGGUCACGAUACUGCGAUCAGAGUACUUCGAACCAGAGCUGAGCCCGCAGCAAGUCGAGAAGGUAUUCAAUGCUUAUGUUGCCUGGAACAACGCAGUCGAAAAUGUGAGAUCGAGACGGCUUAGUCGAACAGCUAGCCGGCGAAGUACUACCAGCACAUCAACUAACGCGACCGAUCAGGUCGAAAAAGAAAUGCGCUCAGGUGCAGAGCUCUUCGCUCACCUCAAGCAAUAUCUGAAGCUCUGUCUACGUCAAAGAGAUAAGCUUAUGAUGCUUCAAAUCAUCGAGGAGCCGACAACACUGCAACUAUUCCGGGACUUGUUCACCAUCUUCUACGAACCCUUGGUUCGCGUCUACAAGUCUGCGAACGUCUACAACAGUAUUACCGACUUUGCCCUUUUCGCCGACGAUACCAUCAAGACGAUUGAAGCAUGUCAACGGCAGGAAGUCUCAGCAGACCCCAACCAAACCGUUCAAGCGUUUAUCGAUUUGUGCGCCCGUCAUGAGGAUAAUUUCUACAAGUUUGUUCACGAAGUGCACAAACACGACAAUGGUCUUUUUGACCAACUUAUGGGCUGGCUGGAGGGCAUCUUGGACUUCUUGCGCCAUGGCCCUGGAAGUGGUGGUAAGCUCGACAUGAAUGCACUCUUCCGGGGCGCUAUAGACUCGAACUUGAUCGACAAGGAAAAGGCAAUUAGUGAGAUCAAUAGUUUGAUCAAGUGGCAAAUGGCUAGGAAGAAGUGGCACUCGGACAAGACGAGACAGAAGAUGGCGAGCGGGGACGAGCCUGAUCCACUGAUUGGCGGUAUUGCUGGCUUCAAGUCUAGCGACUUUGGCCUCAACGCGAUGGAUCUCCAAGAUCUGGAACUUGAUGACAACGGCAGCGAUUCAACCGAUUCAGAAGACAUGGACGAUGCAGAUGUUGCAGACCCGAUUGAAGCUGAGCGCAAGAGUAGAGCCAAAGCCGCGGACCGGUUACGUAGGAAGGCAGGUGAGCCCGAGAAGCCGCAUAUCGAAGAGCUAUACAAGCUCAACGAUAGUUUCAACAGCAUGCUUCGAAGCGUGCUUGCUUCCUAA